AUGCAUCAGAAGAGCUUGGCAGGCGUGGCUGUUUGUGAGAAUCCUGAGAUGCUGUCACAAGUGGUGUCCCCUCUGGUGACUUGUGGAACAAGACGUGUCACUGUGAAGCUGCCUCAAGAAGCAAAGCUGAGGAGGGUGAAAGUGCUUGCCUGGAACAUCUUUGGUUACAACAGCCAAAACGACAAAAACAACCACUGGCACAACUACCACUGGCAAGACAUCAACAACCACUGGCAAGACAUCAACAACCACUGGAACGACAACCACUGGCAAGACAUCGACAACCACUGGAACGACUACCACUGGAACAACAACCACUGGCAAGACAUCGACAACCACUGGAACGUCUACUACUGGAACAACAACCACUGGCAAGACAUCGACUACCGCUGGCAAGACAUCGACAACCACUGGCAAGACAUCGACAACCACUGGCAAGACAUCGACUACCACUGGCAAGACAUCGACUACCACUGGCAAGACAUCGACUACCACUGGCAAGACAUCGACAACCACUGGAACGACUACCACUGGCAAGACAUCGACAAACACUGGAACGACAACCACUGGAACGACAACCACUGGCAAGACAUCGACAACCACUGGAACGACAACCACUGGGCAGACAUCAACAACCACUGGGAAGACAUCGACAACCACCACGACUGGCCCGACCACGAGUGGCGCCACCUCAACCACCACGACUGGCACGACCACAAGCGGGGCCACGUCAACCACCACGACUGGCACGACCACGAGCGGGGCCACGACCACGAGCGGGGCCACGACCACGAGCGGGGCCACGUCAACAACCACGACUGGCACGACCACGAGCGGGGCCACGUCAACAACCACGACUGGCAAGAUCACGAGCGGGGCCACGUCAACAACAACCACGACUGGCACGACCACGAGCGGGGCCACGUCAACAACGACUGGCACGACCACGAGCGGGGCCACGUCAACCACCACGACUGGCACGACCACGAGCGGGGCCACUUCAACCACCACGACUGGCACGACCACGAGCGGGGCCACGUCAACCGCCACGACUGGCACGACCACGAGCGAGGCCACGUCAACCGCCACGACUGGCACGACCACGAGCGGGGCCACGUCAACCGCCACGACUGGCACGACCACGAGCGGGGCCACGUCAACCACCACGACUGGCACGACCACGAGCGGCGCCACGUCAACCACCACGAGCGGCGCCACGUCAACCACCACGACUGGCACGACCACGAGCGGCGCCACGUCAACCACCACGACUGGCACGACCACGAGCGGCGCCACGUCAACAACGACUGGCACGACCACAAGCGGGGCCACGUCAACCACCACGACUGGCAUGACCACGAGCGGGGCCACUUCAACCACAACUGACACGACCACGAGCGGGGCCACUUCAACCACGACUGGCACGACCACGAGCGGGGCCACUUCAACCACGACUGGCACGACCACAACAUGAGCAAAACAACAAGCAGUCUUCCACAGCUUCAAGUUUUGUCAAAAGACAUUAGUUGUAAAAAUGGAAAAAAUAUUUACUUUUAAUUGUUAAAAAAUGUGGAAUCUAAUGAAUGUCAAAUAAAAUGUGUAUUCUGUGA